AUGGAUGUGGCCAGUAGUUCGGAGCCGGCCAACAAACUGACCCCGUCCACCUCGCUGCCCACGGGCACCGGCAACGACAGACAGGUCCUAGCCAACAGCAAGUCCGCCGAAUUACGACCAUGCAGUAAUGGUAAGGAAACGUCAUCUUGUUAUCAUAUGAAUUUAUCGACUACUUCUGAACUAAAUAUUAUAUUAGACAUUUUCGCGAAGAAAAAAUUAUUCAGAAAAGUUUGGUAGAUUAAAGGGUUUAAGCUUCUAAAAGUGCGUUGUUAUGACUUGUAAGAUAAUUAGAGGUUCGGCGGGACAGCCCAUUCUAGUAAAUGAAACUUCUCGUAUGUUCCAAUGAAUUAACUCUUCAAUUUUCGAAAAAUGUUGCGUAGAUUGGUCGGUCCAAAGUCUAUUCCCCAAAAAAUUUAACACGCCCUUAUAAGUCGCAGCAGAAACUGUCAACGAUUUUUUUGCGAUAGUUGGCGUAAAAUGAGGAGAGAUACAAAAAAACUUUUUUAUGGGGAUCCUUCAAGUUCUCCUCAAAAAAAAACACCUAUUGUUUUCAAAGACAGUAGGAUUUUUCUACCCAAAAAUUUAGGUUGUCUUGUUAGAGUACCCCCAAAAAAUUGUUUGUCUUGGCAGCAACAGAAUUAUGUAAAAAUCUUGUUUUUACCGAAAUAUCCCCUUGGGGUUCAUGGGUUGGUUUUUGAUAUAAUUUUUUUUGUAAUUCCUUUGUGAUAAUCCUUGGCGGAAAUGCUGAUGACCUUGACAUCACCAUGCCAAGAUUUAUUUUUAAAUAAAUUUGGCCACGUUGGACUUCUAUUUGCGUUUAUGCCCUUUGGUGCCAUGUUUUCGAAUUUCCAGUUGAUAGAAACGUGGCAAAAUUGGCAUAGUUAGGAGGUAACCGCUGUGCUGCACUUUUAUUCAGAAGCUUAAUUUUUACUUUUACUGCCCACAAGUUUAAUUUUCGGUCGUUGAUUUUCAGAGAAUUCAGAUUUUUAGCAAAAUUUUCAGCUUUUGUAUCUUCCAGAUUCUAGUUCUAUUCAUGGUAGAUUUUUUGCCCUCUGAGAUCACCAUUUAUCGCCGUUUUGCUUAACCAAAAAAGGGAUUAGGAAUCUGGUCGAGCAUAGAAUUUCAUAUUUUGUUUUUUUUUUUUCUUGUCCUUUGGCCCGCGUUUUACUACCACUAAUAACGAAAAAGUUCUCGGCCCUACGGAAUAGUCUCACCCAUUUGGAGCGGAAUGGCGGUUGUUGCGGGGAAAGGAUGGCUUAUGCAUUGAUGUGAGGUUGAAUGACGGACGGGUCGGGGAUGUAGACAUGUUUUGGUUGUUGGAGAUGGAACGGCGGUGGUCUUGCAGAAUUUUUAAGAUUUUAUUGUGCUUUGUGGGAGUGAUGUGAUUGAAAAUCAACCAUAGGUUUUUGGGAUUUCUCUUGGCAAAGUGUCAAUGAAAACUUUAUUUUUCCCGGAGAUAAAAAUUGUUUUUCGACUGGCCGACUCUCCUCAUUCUGCCUGCCUUCUCGGAAAAAAUUUGGUGAAUAUCUGAGCAGCUACUUCAAGACAUGAGCAGAACUUUGCAGAGACCUAUUUGAGGCUAAUACUGAAUUAAAAAUCAUACUCAAAGUUAUAAGGUAACCUCUGAUUUAUACUUUUUACGGAAAAAAAUCAGAACAAACAAUACAUUUCUGAAAAAAUGUAAUCACUAUAGCUUUUAUUGCUCUUAUUUUACCACUUGACUUUCCCAUCUUUGGCAUUCCUACUCCUUCUGCAAGACCAUAAACUUUUUUGUUCACGCAAGAAAUUCAGGAAAUUUUCCGUGACCCCAUGGGAAAUCGGGCCCUGAAUUGUUUCAAAUAUGUCUUAUACGGCGCUUCAAUAAAUAUUUUUCGAUAUCUUGAGGAACGUCGUUCAAAAAAGACUUCCGGAGAUUUGGAUGGAGAGAUAUUGGAAUUGUUGAACUUGAGCAUCAUAAUUUUGAUUCAUAAAGGAACCUAAUAAUAUAAUAUCACGUAUUUUACAAUAGUUUAUGCUCAACGAUUUUUGGACGGAUAUUUUUUUUGCUUCCAAUUUUCUUUGUUGCCAUGUUUUAUUGUCUACAAAAACCCUUUUUUUAGACCUCUCCUUCAAGCCGGACCCCGUGAAGCCCAAGCGAAUCUCCCUUCCGCCAGAUUCGGCCGACCCUCCGCCGGACGACCGAAAGAAGAGCCGCGCGACCUCGGAGUCUGGCGAACUCACCAACAACAACACGUUGCUGGAGCGGAACAACAACGAGAUGAAUCGAGGCGAAGAUGAGACGGUCCCGCUGUUGCAGAAACCUUCGGUCAGCUCGAUGAAUGAGUCCGUUACAAGGCCAGCGUCCAGCUCCUCGAACACCAGUGCUUGUGGGUUGAAUUUGAAGUGAUUUGGGGUGGGAAAUGAGGAUGAUAUUGCAUAGAAUACAUCAGAUUUUUUGAUUAGGUCAAAGAUAAAGUCAGCUCCAAAAAAUCUUGUUUUUCAGCUGGGAAAAAUGCUGAAUUUUUGAAAUACCUAUUGUUGUUGCCGACACGGUCCGCAUUUUUGAUGUCCUUGGAUAGUAAGCCAGAGAAUACCAGAAGAAAAAUACUGCUUUCGGGUUUUCGUUUAAAAACUUGAAUAUUUGAGCAGUCUAUGCCUCAGUAGACCCAAAAUCCGUGCAAUAAACACAUAUGACAUAAAGAAAUAUUGUCUCCUAAAUCGGAACAUCGUAUCCGACAACGAUUUCAUUAAAAUCUAACAAUCUUUCUUGCAAUUUUCCUAACUUCUCUUCAAUCUUUUUCUUCUAACUCUCGUUCUCUACUAACACCUUAUAGCCGGUUCUCUCUUACUCACUGACAUUUAUUAUCCCCCUUGUUUUACAGUAUUUAUUUCAGUGCGAAACUCGGCGGUGAAUACGCCAACUCCCCCACCGUCCGGUGGCCAACCAGUGAAACGGGUCGGAAUAAACGAACCGCCAAUAGCGGGAGUGGCUUCCGCUCUGCCCAACCGGUUUGCCCAUCAUAAACGGCUAAAGGUAAGGGGAUUUAGAUGAGAUUUAGAGAACAGGGAGGGAAGGGUACCGGGUCUCAAAGCUGUUUUUUAAAGUUUAUAGAGCCUACAGGCACUUAGAAAUUUACUAACAUAAAACAGCUUUUUAAUGACAUGACCACUAUCGAAAACGCCUUGUUUCCCCACCAAAAAACAGUAUUUUGUAUCUCGUUUUUUUCAGAAAUACGCUUCCGAGACGAGUUUCGGCCUAUCGCCCGGCGUUCCAAUUGUCCCCCGUCCCGUCGGCCGAGUCGAACCUCUGGAACCGGCGCCCGCCGGCUCCCAACAGUCCAGUCGCAACAAUUCCGACUCCGGCGGACAUGACGUCCGAGGGCCGGGCCGUGUUUUCCACGUGCGAACGACGGGUCCCAACUAUCAGCAGGCCAGUCGAACCGCCGGCAAUGGGAGCACCGUCGCGAACAAGGUCCAUCGACGUCGGCAAGACUCCGAUGACGCAUCGGGAAGUGUUGGCUCUGAGACCACAGUGGCCAGCGGCACAAUAACGCCUGUUUCGCGGCGGAUGUUGCGCUUCAAAUUGCGGCGGCCGAAAAGCACAGGCAGCAUGGGGAAUCAGGGGCAGGGAGAUACGUUGGGACAAGGCGAUACCUACCAUUCCACUGGCAAUCCAUACGAUCCCAGCUUUACUUCGGCAACAAUUCAUUCGUUGGAGUCCAAUCAACAGCAUGUUUAUCAGGAUGAGGAGAGAAGAGCGUCGAAUUUCUACAUCUUCGAUGAUGAUAGUACUCAUGAAUUCGAUGACGAAGUUCAAGGUCGGUUAAAUUUUCAAGGGUUUCAGGCCUAG